AUGUCUCGCGCACUCGACAUUUGUAUGGAGCGUAGGGGAAUCAGCCGAGGAUUGCCGAUUACAGUUUUGGAGUUGCUUGUAGGAGUGGUGCUAAUUCUUCUGGUCAGACAGAAUAAGGCUGCUGAAUUCGUUUGUGACAAAGGCGCUGACCACUGUCACACCUCGCUUGUAAUAGACAAUGCUUUUACAAUGAUUGAUCCGAUAAACGGGCCGCUUUUCGUAGAUGAAGGCACUCUUCGCCCAAUAUCACAGCCUGACAAAGACGUUUCAAUUGAAAACGUUACCACUGCAGAUGGCUGGAACACAACCUUGCCAUUGCUGACGGCUAAUAAGUCUAUGCCAGGACCUUCAAUUUUUCUUUACCAAAACCAGACUAUAACCAUCAUUGUCCAGAAUAAUCUUAUAAACGAAGCCGUUUCAAUCCACUGGCAUGGAAUAGACCAAUUGGGAUGGCCAGCAAUGGAUGGAGUGGCGUUUGUUACUCAAUGUCCAAUUUUACCAGGUCAACUCUUCAACUACACGUUUCAGCCUCGUUUCAGUGAUACCUAUGUAGGAAAUCAACGAGAUAUGGGUCUAUAUGGAGCGUUCAUUGUUCUAAAACGCGAGGGAGAGGUUCCAAUAAAAAAUCAGCACAUUGUCCAAUUGCAGGAAUGGAACCAUGAGUAUGGCCCAAUUACUUUAUUGAAAGCCAAUUUAAAAAACACGGCAACUUCUUCCGAAUCUAUUCUAAUUAACGGAAAGGGCCAAUUCGAAAAUAACAAAGCGCCGCUUGAGGUUUUCCAAUUAGAUAAAAGUGAAAGCCAUUUAUUUCGAAUGAUAGGAGUUGGUUCUGCAGAUGUGUUUAUGUUCUCGGUUCCCGGAAUACCCCUUAACGUUACCGAAACUGACGGAUAUCCAUUCGUUCCUCAGGUAGUUGACGAAAUCAUCAUUUAUCCCGCAGAGCGAUACGACUUCGAACUUGACUUAGAGAAUACUAAAGAAGGAGUUUACAAUAUGACUGUACAAAUAUUAGAAGGGACGAAGCUUAAAAAGCUACAAACAAUCGUUGGACUCGGUUUGAUAAACAUUACAAAUUUGCUUUCACUCCCUGUAAAUUCAUUGACUUCAACAAGCGGUAAGAAAACAGUUCUGAAUUGCCCGUUUGAGGUGUUUCCAAAUGAACCAAACAUUAAAUGCAUACCGGUUUCCUUUUUGAAAUCUCGACAACCCUCCUUAACACUAGAGUUUGAUAUAUUGAAUCACACUAAGGAAACAUCUACUCACUUUUUAAAUUUUGGGUUUCCUAAAGAUAAGGGCUAUAGUUCUAUAAAUGGUAGGAGGUUUAUUUGGCCGACUGUAUCAGCUCUUACGCAACCCUUGGAAGUCGACACCUCUUGUGGAAAUUGUAAUGUUGAAACUUCAUGCGAAUGUACUCAUGCACUUGAUCUAAAAUCGGGCUCCGAAAUCAUUAUGGUCCUGUCAAAUAUUGGAACCGGUGCAUUUAUUACACACCCAAUCCACAUGCAUGGUCAUACUUUUGAAGUACUCAAGAUGGGAUUUCCUACCGUCACUCAAACUGGCUCUCUUAUUCCAAACAACGAUAUACAAUGUAACCCGCAACUUCCAAAUGAACAAAGCCAAUGCAACAACGCAACCUGGAGAAAUUCUAUGUGGAUGGAUUAUCUGAACAUUCCAAAUAUUAACACCAUAAAUUCAGUUCGAAAAGACACCAUUGUUGUUCCCUACGGAGGUUAUUCCAUAAUAAGGAUCUGGGCAACAAACCCUGGAGUCUGGUUCAUGCAUUGCCACAUCGAUCGACAUAUGUUAGGUGGAAUGGCUCUGAUGCUGAACGAGUCCUUUGAGAAUAUUGUCGACUUGCCAAAGGAUAUGCCAACAUGCCGUAGCUUUCGAAACGUUCCCCUUCCUCAACUAAAUACGGUUCUUGCUGUAAGCAGUGAUACAAACGGUGGGUCGUAUGUUAACGCUGGUUUGAUUGUGACGUCAUCCAUCCUAUUUCUGGCACUCGUUAUCACUUCUCUCGUUCUGUUGAGAACCUGUAGAAAAAAUGGAGAUGCGGGAGAAAUUUCAAGAGAGGCUCGUGAAUUGAGGCCUAUGUUAUAAUUACUUUGAAUUAAGAAGAGUGCAUAAAACACUCGACAACUAUGACUAAUAAUGAGCAUAUACAGUUGAGAAAAUAAUGUGUUUUUGAGGUGGAAUAACACACCUGGAAAAAGUCACUCAAAUUAUCAGGAAAGUUUUUUUUAUAAUGAAAGAUAUAAUGAUAAAUAAACUGUACAAAUGUCACAUAAGCGAAAAAUUUGCAGCUUGGGGAUAAAAAAUGAAUAUCUAAAAUAAUAUAAAAAAAAAACAAAAGCCCCUACAGAAUUCGAACUCUGGGUGUACGGAUCACAAGUCCGACAUUUUAUCCACUUGGCUAUGGAGUAAGUUACAUGUUUUAGUCCAUAAAAUCCUUUUAAUAAAACGAAAUGUCGAUUCGAUUAUCGGUCAGCCAUUUUGUGAUGAUGUGUUAUUCCACUUUAAGCGUGUUAAUGCUCAUAAUUCUAGGUAUAUGAUAUGAGAUAGUUUUUGCAAACAAAUAAAGUAUAUUUA